AUGCUCAAAAAGGGCUACUGUCCUUCUUCAGGCAGCCCCAGGCUACGACAGUGGGUCUGGGAGCCUGGAGGCUCUGUCCUCCCUGCUCACAGUCAGUCACCCCACUUCAACCUGCUCGGGGGAGGUUGCGCUGCUGCCCCCUUCCGGCGCUGGGAAGUACUGCGGGCUGUAGAAGCUGGCGAUGGGGUUGCGCUUUCCCCACACGUGGGAGUGGGAACGCGAGGUAAUCCGUCCCUCCCAGGGAAAGCCAGGAGUUGCUGUCCUGCAGCAGGCGAGAAAUCCGAGGCGAGAAACAGAGAAAGGAAGCAUGCGGUGGGGAGUUGGGGGACCCGCAAGCGAAGAGAAGACCUGGAAGAUGUAGACCUGGACCACCCCGAACCCACAGUGGCCCAGUUCUGCCCGGUUCUGGAUCUGGCUCUUUCGUCAGCUCAGAAGAACUUUGUCAGCAAGCAAAAACAAUGCCAGGAGGUGUGGAGAAGGCGUGUCAUCGGUGCAUUUCUAAAAUUGCCAGCAAUGGGCAGUCUCUGUCACGGCCGCAGACCCCACCCAGCCACCUGGAAAGCUCUCCUGCGCCACUGCCCAGCCCUGACCAUCAGCCUCCCCGUCUCACACGUUCUUUCCAUCAAGUUGAUUCUGCUGCAGUACGGCUGCUUCCCUGCACCCUGAGGCUGGCCUGGAGGAUCGAUUUAAUAACUGGGAAGCAAUGAAACCUUGAUGAAU